AGGGAGGGACUCUUAGUCCCGCCUACAUCUUUCGGGGAGACGGCAUAAAGUUACAGCUUGCCAUAAGAUCCAGGUCAACCCUGCUGAAGCCAGUCCGAAAAUUCCAGCACCAGCACCAGCACUAUGCCUAUGAUACUGGGAUACUGGGACGUUCGCGGUCUGACACUCCCCAUCCGCAUGCUCCUGGAAUACACAGACUCAAGCUAUGAGGAGAAGAGAUACCCCAUGGGGGACGCUCCUGACUUUGACCGAAGCCAGUGGCUGAGUGAUAAAUUCAAGCUGGGCCUGGACUUUCCCAAUCUGCCCUACUUAAUUGAUGGGUCACACAAGAUCACCCAGAGCAACGCCAUCCUGCGCUACAUCGCCCGGAAGCACAACCUGUGUGGAGAGACAGAGGAGGAGAGGAUUCGCAUGGACACUCUGGAGAACCAGGUUAUGGACACCCGCAUGCAGCUCGUCAUACUCUCUUACAACCCUGACUUUGAGAAGCAGAAGACAGAGUUCCUGAAGACCAUCCCUGAGAAGAUGAAGCUGUACUCUGAGUUCCUGGACAAGCGGUCAUGGUUUGCAGGGGACAAGGUCACCUAUGUGGAUUUCCUCGCUUAUGAUAUCCUUGACCAGUACCGUAUCUUUGAGCCCAAGUGUCUGGAUCCCUUCCCAAACCUGAAGGACUUCUUGGCCCGCUUUGAGGGCCUGAAGAAGAUCUCUGCGUACAUGAAGACCAGCCGCUUCCUCCCAAGACCUAUAUUCUCAAAGAUGGCUCACUGGGAUAACAAGUAGAUCCCUGCUCCCCUGGCUCUCACAUGGAGGACCUGUGCACACUGGAUCCUCCUGGGGACAGCUGAUCUUCUGCACUGCCGCCUCAUGGCUCUGGCUCCUUUCUCCUUCCUGCUCCCUUCUCCACAAGGCUUUCAAGCCCCUUGGCUCCUCAAGCCCAUGUAGUCUCCAUCUCCCCACUUCCUUUCACCAAGGUCCUUCUUCACUCCUGUCCUAACCCAAGCGCACAGUCCUUUUCCAUGAUUUGAUGUCUGCCCUGAACUCUACUCCCCAGAAUUACCCUAAAGGUCAAUACUGCCUCCAGUUCCAACUCUUCAUCAGUGGAGGGGCUGCCCCAGGCCUCUCUCAUCUCCAAUAAAACUUGAAACACA